UUGUUGCAAUCUGAUCUAUCCCACUUCCGCGGGCGCAACAAGUGCCAAAGAAGGUGGAAGAUGGUGGCUUCAUUGUGCCUGAAAGCAAUGCUUUUGGGAACACGUUCAGGCCAGUUAUCCUUUGAUUAAGAUUUGAGUAUUCCAAUAAGAAAUUUAAAAUGGAUUAUAGUGCAGACACUGAAAGAAAGGAUAUCGUUAAGGGGCUCUAUCGGGAGAGCCACAUUAACCAAACCUAUGACUUUGUGAAACAAAUGAGGGAGAAGUAUAGAAAGAUGGAUCGGGUGGAGAUGAGCAUAUGGGAAUGUUGUGAGCUUUUGAACGCGGUUGUGGAUGACAGUGAUCCCGAUCUUGAUGAGCCCCAGAUCGAGCAUUUGUUGCAAACUGCUGAAGCCAUCAGGAAAGACUAUCCUAAUGAGGAUUGGCUCCACUUGACUGCACUUAUCCAUGAUCUUGGGAAAGUUCUGCUGCUACCAAGCUUUGGAGGGCUUCCUCAAUGGGCUGUUGUUGGUGACACAUUCCCUCUUGGCUGUGCAUUUGAUGAGUCGAUUGUUCAUCCAGAGUUCUUCAAGGAGAACCCUGAUUAUAAUAACCCUCUUUACAACACCAAGAAUGGGGUCUAUUCUGAGGGAUGUGGGCUGGAAAAUGUGUUGAUGUCUUGGGGACAUGAUGACUAUAUGUACUUGGUGGCUAAGGAAAACAAGAGCACCCUACCAAAUGCUGGGCUGUUUAUCGUCAGAUAUCAUUCUUUCUAUCCUCUGCACAAGAAUGGAGCAUACACACACUUGAUGAAUGAUGAGGACCGCGAGAAUCUCAAGUGGCUCGAGAUUUUCAACAAGUAUGAUCUGUACAGCAAGAGCAAAGUGAGGAUCGAUGUCGAGAAAGUGAAGCCAUACUAUGAAUCUCUGAGUAAGAAGUACUUCCCAGAGAAGCUCAAAUGGUGAGAUUGUUGAGAGAUUUGAAGUUAUCAGCUCUCUGCUUCAACUGGCUUUUCCACUUUCUGUGUUUCAUUUUGGUGUGUUUUGUUAUGUAAUUUGGUGUAUUGAAAGGGAGUUUAGUACUUCCAGAAUAAUAAUGUAUUGGUUGGAACCCCCACCCCCCAAUAAGACAAUCUGUUCUUCUUUUAAGUAUUUUGAACUUCUUUAUGAAUCUGUGAUUUGUUGUUUCUCUA